UAUUGCCACACAAUAAAGUACUAUACCUCUCUUUUGCACAGUGUAUGACUGUAAAGAACAUGUCCUUCAAGGUUGGACAGACCAUGACCAUUGUAGGAGUUCCCAAUCGUGAUGCUGCAAGCUUUUCAGUGAAUAUUGCCCCCGAUGAGCAGGAGGUUGCAUUGCACUUCAACCCCCGCUUUGGUGCUCAUGGAGAUAACAAUACAGUGGUCUGCAACUCUUAUGAAAGAGGCAGGUGGGGCCAGGAGCAACGUGUGGGACGCUUUCCUUUCCACCGUGGAGAGGAGUGUAAGAUCAUAAUUGGAUUCACCUCUACGGAGUUCCUGGUGACGUUAGCAGAUGACUCUCAAAUUCACUUCCCCAACCGCUUAGGUCUAAAGAAGUACUCUGUCAUCACCUUCAAAGGGGAUGUUCGCAUCAGAAGCUUUAAGAUCAAGUAAACCUGCUUAGGCAAAGCAGGUCUACAAAUUCCUGAAUGCAUCUGGUACCAGCCUUACAUGCUUAUUAUGCUUAUUGUAUUAUGUGAUAAUUUAGCUCUAUAGAUACAAGCAGUCAAGAAAAUUUACCAGAAAAUACCACAUACAAUUGCUCUUUAAUAUGCUUUGAAAACCUUCAUUAUUUUGUUGUUCUUCCUUGUGAUGUUCCAGAUUUUUCAGUGCACUUCUUGCCUGCAACAUUUAUUAAAGCAUGAUCUUUUAUGAAAAACAUAGACACUGGUUAUACCAUCAAUAUACGUAUAAAAACAUUCACAUCAACAGGCUACUGCUGUAUACUGUGUAUAACUGACAUGUGACUCGUACUUAAAACCCAUAUGUACAUAUAAACUAAAAUGCUGAAGUUUAAGAAUUGAUCCUGCAGCAACAUUAAGAGUGAGCGGUCUGAAGCCACAUAUCCCACCUCGUUGUUUCACUUCAGUCUUCAGCUUGUGUCGGGGUUGUGUAGAACACGAGGACUGAGCUUUCCACCAGUGAACUCUGUGUGACUUGAGGCUUCAGACAACGAAGUCGGUUUCAGAGCAGUUGGCUAGAAAAACCACAAUGCUUCAACACAACAAACUACAACGUUUCCCUCAAGUUUUGUGACGUUUCUGCAAUAAGUCAUGUUAGCCACUAGAUGUCACUAUUGCCAUAUUGAUAUAAUUUAACAGAAGAUGGGAAAAUAUUUCUGCUCACACGUUGGCUCCUUUAGUUAGCACAGAGGUGAAAAUCAGAAAAUGACAUAAAUGGGCAGUUGAUCCAUCCUCUGUGUGUGUGUGUUCUUCCUCUGUUUGAGGUUUCUGUGUGAUUAGAUCAGCUGACUGUCUUACCACUGCAAAAGGAAACAUGACAUCCCUGUGACCAAUUGAACCUCUGUUAUGCAAACUGUUCCUCCGUGACAAGCCAUUUUUUAUUUAAGCCCCAUUUAAAGAGAAUUUAAUUCUGUUAUUAGCAAUGCACAUUUCUGUUUUUUGAGGGGGAGGUUGACAUAGUUUCCUGGAUCACUGAUACAUGCCAGUUGUUUUAGAUGAGAGCAAACCACACAUUGUUUGUGAGUGGACAUUCAGAAAGAACAGCUGAACAAAACUGCAUGGACAUGCCCUUGAAAACUGGUUAGUAAUUGAGAGUGCGUCCUUGUCUGUCCGUGAACAUAAUAAUAAAGCAGCUGUGGCCUCCUGAGGCAGACAUAA